UCCAAUCUCACGAUAGAGCAAUACUAAGCUCACCGCUGUCCCUACAGGCGUACUGACCCUGUUCACGUCAAGACUACCUUGAACAGCCCCUGGCUGUCCGUGAAGGUCUGUACAGACAGCCGACGCGCCCCCUAGCCAACAAAGCCUGCAACACAAGCCUGAACUCAAAAAGACAAACUCAAUACAGUGUUAAUUGAAGCAGGUUCAUCAUGCUGAAGCUCCUAUUUGCGGCUUUAGCCGCUGUUCUCUGUUUCGCAGGACAAACUGGUGCCGAUCUAUGCUCUCUGGGCUCCGUUGAGAUCGAUGGCAAUUGGUACUGUCAACCGGUACAAGCUAUCCAGUAUAGCAAUGUCGGGAGUGCAGGAACCUACAACCAGAUAACUGCGAUGAAUGCUGAUGGCAAUUGUUCGUCCGUGCCAAAGGCCUUUAGUGGUCCCCUUUCGCCGCUUGAUGAAGAGGUCUCUCUCCAUUUCCGUGGUCCUCUCCAGUUGAAGCAAUUUGCCGCAUAUGCCCCAUCCACCUUUGGCAAGGUCAGCCACAGAGGAUUUCCUCAUGCCCAUCGCCAUCAGCAGCUCCACAAUCGAGUAGAAGCCAAGGGACCAGUUGCUGAGGAGCAGAAGCGUCAAGAAGUCACCGCAACUAUUGAUGGCAAAGUGGUUUCUUGGCAAAACAAUUGGUUUGGAGAAUCCAGCGUUGCUGCACCUGCAUCACAUACCUCUGCCGAAGCUGCCCCCCAGGAAGUCACAGCGACGAUCGAUGGCAAAGUGGUUUCUUGGCAAAACAAUUGGUUUGGAGAAUCCAGCGUUGCUGCACCUGCAUCACAUACCUCUGCCGAAGCUGCCCCCCAGGAGGUCACAGCGACGAUCGAUGGCCAAGUUGUCUCUUGGGUUUGGAACCCUUUCGGAGCUUCAAAAACCUCUACUCCUUUAACCAAGCCUCCGGUUACUACGCCGGCAGAGGUUAAGAAUGCUGAUGCGAGUAUUGAAGCAGCCACCACUUCCUAUCCGCAAACCAAGGUCACUAGCCAAGUAGCCACAGCAAGCCUAGCCGAUAACGUUGAUGCAACUGAUGCUGCCAGCACCUAUGACAGAAUCGGAUUCUAUGAUUCUGCUUCACAGACGUUGGAUAACUUGGUCUUCCUUGGUAACCAUGGCGGCCAGGGAUCAGGAGUCUUUGACUACAUGUUCGGGGCAUCUCUUGCAUAUGUGGACCGUGAUGGGACAGGCGGGUCAUCAUCUCCCCAGAUACUUGCCGAUACAACCCUUCCUUCCGAUUCGGAGAUUGUAAUCAUGCUGGGACAAGAGUGUGGUAAUGGAGAUUGUGGAUAUGUUCGACCUGGUGCUAUUGCCUAUCAUGGUUUUGGUGGUGCUGACAAGGUCUUCCUGUUCGAAUUCUCCAUGCCCAUGGACAAAAACACUGGUUUCAAUGGCGAUAUGCCCGCAAUCUGGAUGCUUAAUGCUCAAAUCCCACGUACGGUUCAAUACGGAAAUGCUGGCUGUUCAUGCUGGGAGUCCGGUUGUGGUGAGUUUGAUAUUGUCGAGGCACUUCACACCGGAUCCACGUACUUGAAAUCAACCCUCCAUACCAAUACUCCCGGAGGUGAUUCGGACUACAUCGAGCGUCCAACUUCCGGCACUAUGAAGCUAGCAGUCGUCUUUCGCUCCAGCACAUCUACCAUACACAUCCAGGUCCUGCCAGAUGCCACCGAGUUCUCCUCGAGUCUCACAGCGAGUGAAAUCCAUGAUUUCUGCUCAUCUAGCACUGGACACCAGCUCUCCCUUUUCACCAUAUCCUGAUUGAGCCAACCUCUAGCUUUCGGACUGUGCACUUGGAUGACGGAAUGGAAUUGGCUGAUAUCUCCGCUUGUGGAUAAAGUGAUCUCGUGCUGAAAGCUGGCGUGAUCUUGAUGUACUAUGAUCCCUGGAGGGAACUGGGCCAUUGGGGGAAAGCGGUUUGAU